GAGCUCUCGGCUCACACGCUGCCCGCCGGACGGGCAGUGCCGGCUGGCCACAGGCUCCGGCCUGCUGCCCGCCGCAGCCCGGGGGCUCCCCCAGCGAGGCUCUCAUGGCUUUUUUCCAGGGUGUCAGUCAAACGCAGGUCACUCUUCCUUUUAGGAACAAUUACAGACAACAAAUAUGGGCAAGAAACGCGUCAAAGGCAAAAGUGCACAGUCUGAUGAGUCUCUGGAUAUAUUGGAACCUGUGUGCAAACAUGUUCGUAAAGGGCUGGAUCAAGGGCAUGUGAGAAAGGCACUGCAGAAUGUGGAAUGGCAUGUUUGUCAAGACUGCAAGGCAGACAGUAAGACACAAGAGAAGGCUGAGGAGGAAGAGACUGAUGAAGGCACUUCAAUAUGGUUAUGCCUAAAAUGUGGCCAUAGGGGCUGUGACAGAAAUUCUCCAGACCAGCAUGCUUUAAAGCAUUAUGAAACACCAAGAUCAGAUCCCCACUGUUUGGUUCUCAAUUUGGACAACUGGAGUGUGUGGUGUUACUUAUGUGAUAAUGAAGUUCCAUAUAAAACUUCAACCCUUUUGGGCCAGACUGUGGAUUUUGUUAGAAAACAAGUUGGUAUUGACUCAUCACGUGCAGUAGAAAAACAAGAGAACAAAGAAGUUGAAAAUAAAAAAGUAGAAAAAGACAGCAAAAAUGAACAAGAAAAAGAAGUUUCACUUAAAGAAGAAAAUUCUCAUUCAACUGCUAAUGGAGAAGUCACUGUGAAAGGACUUAGUAACUUGGGGAAUACAUGUUUCUUUAAUGCAGUGAUGCAGAAUUUAUCACAAACUCCAAUCCUGAAGGAGCUGCUUAAAGAAGCUAAAAUACCUGGCACAACAAUUAAAAUUGAGUCACCUGAACUAUGCAUGGAACCUCAGUUAAUAAAACUAGAUCAGCCGGGUCCUUUAACACUAGCCAUGCAUCAGUUUGUGACAGAAAUGCAAGAGACAAAACAAGGGGUAGUGACUCCUAAGGAACUUUUUGCUCAGGUUUGUAAAAAAGCAAUACGAUUCAAAGGUUAUCAGCAGCAAGACAGUCAUGAACUACUUCGUUACUUACUUGAUGGAAUGAGAGCAGAAGAAAUCCAGCAAAUAAGUGUUGGAAUGCUAAAGGCAUUGAGUGACUCUAACAAACAAAAUGAAGAAGAACUCAAAAAGAAAAUUAAAGAAUAUGAAAAGAAAAAAGGAAUACAAAGUUUUGUAGAUCGAAUCUUUGGUGGAGAAUUAACCAGCACAAUUAUGUGUGAGGAAUGCAGAACUGUAUCCUUGGUCCGUGAGUCUUUCCUUGAUUUGUCGCUUCCCGUACUAGAUGUUCAGAAAGGGAAAAUUACAAAGAGAGAAAACAUUAAGAAAAACAAAGAAAAGGAAUCUGAAGAUGAAGAGGAUAAAAUCAAUGACCAUUACCUUAAGCAGAAAUAUGAGCCCCGUGGUACAAGUAAGCACCUUCAGAAAAAAACGAAGAAACAGGCCAAAAAAAAAGCCAAGAACCAACGCCGGCAGGAAAAACUUCAAGGGAAGGUGUUUCACUUGACAGAUCUCUGCACAACUGAACAGCCACAGAUAGAUGUCGAGUACAACCAAGAAUCAGAGACUGAAAUGAGCUCUGAAACUCUUGAUAAGAAGCAAGAAGAGGAAUCAUCACAGGAUUGCAAAGAUCACUGCUUAACUCAGAAAGACUUGAGUAUACAGGGAAAUAGUACAGAAAUUCAGAGCGGGCAUGAAAAUGGAGGAAAGUCAGAACAAGAGUGGGAAGAAAACAAGUCUCUCAUGGAUCUCUCUAUGGAAGGCUUAGAUUCUCCUAUGAAGUUUGUCAAUGGCCUUGAUAACCUGUCUUUGAAAGAGGAGGAUAACGACAAUGAAGAUGAGGAAGAGCUUGCUACAGACUUUUCAAAACUCCACUUGGAUGCCACUGACACAAGUGACACAAGUACCUUGGAUGGUCUUCAGCCUGUUCCUAACAAGACAUGCAAAAUAUCUACAGAUGACCCCGAAAUGGCAUUUUGUACUCUGGCAAACAGGGAAGAGCUGAACAUUGAGGAAGAUUCAAUCCAUCAUUGUUUGUAUCAAUUUACCCGUAAUGAAACACUUACCGAGACCAAUAAACUACUGUGUGAUGUGUGUACACAAAGGCAUUGUGGACCAAAGAACAACAUAAGUGAAAAGAAGUAUGUUUAUACUAAUGCCAAAAAGCAGAUGCUCAUCUCUCUAGCUCCUCCAAUUUUAACCCUUCACUUAAAGAGGUUUCAGCAGGCUGGAUUUAAUCUGCAGAAGGUUAACAGGCAUAUCAGGUUCCCAGAAGUGAUAGACUUGGCUCCUUUCUGUACAGCUAAAUGUAAAAAUGUGGCUGAAGGGAAUACAAAGGUCUUGUACUCUCUCUAUGGAGUUGUUGAACACAGCGGAACAAUGAGGUCUGGGCACUACACUGCCUAUGUUAAAAUGAGGGCCAUGAACAACCACCUCUCUGAUCUUGUCCUUCGAGGACAAUUUCAAGCUUCAGAAACUGAGCCAGUCAAAGGUCAGUGGUUCCACAUCAGCGAUACCCACGUACAACGUGUCUCUGUGUCCAAAGUGCUGAGCUCGCAAGCCUAUCUUCUGUUCUAUGAGAGGCUGCUGUAACUCAUCAGAAGAGCCUUCUUGUGUGUGCAGCCACCUUUUCUGGAGGUCUGAGAAGGCAGACUUGCAAAUCAUCUUGGAGCUACUGUACAGCAGGAAUUCACUUUAUGCAUUUUAGGCACAAGCAGUUAACUUACACUUUUUCCAGUGUUUCCACUACUUUUCAAUAGAAGGUUUUUUUUUCAAAAUUACAGCUUUGGGUUUUUGUUGAGUAAUUUGGUUUUGUUUAGUUUACAGACUGCAAAGGGACUAUUAUGGCCAGCACUGCCUUUUUGUUGGAGGACUUUUUCUUUGAGAGCAGCUGCUGGACAUUUUGAAGUGGUUUGGGAUCUUCAAGAGUUAGAGUGCAAGAUGGUACAGAGAUCUUGAGGGAAAGUGCAUAUCUCCAGGGAGCUGGAUGCAGUUCAGUGGGUGCGAGUUACAUGUUGAGCAGCUGAUGGCACAGAAAACAUUCUAAAAGGAAGAGGCCGUGCUGCAGUUGCCUUUUAUUUUGAAGCUUAUAGACUGCACAGCGAACAAUUAAAUUAUUCCUUUUCCUUCUCUGCUACAUGCAGGAUCACAUUCUGUUAGUGCCCAAGAGCCAGGAUCCACCGCAGAGCUCUUGCCCCCACACUGCUCACACACAAACGGGGCUGGGCUAGGAAAGCGCUUGUCUUUUUCCUGGUCACUGUCAGCGUUCAUCAAAAUAACCACACCACGGCUUGUCGAUUCACAAAACAAGGACACGCACUGAACCCAGGAAACAGCCAAAUCAGAAACAUCCCUGCACUCAAAUCAGCUGUGAUUUGAGGACAAAAAGAUUUCACUGAUCUUCCCCUUCCAAGUGGAUACUCUUCUUUGCACCACACUCAAAGGCCAACACCAACUCCUCUGCCCUAACAAAUUUUUCACUCUCGUAGAAUCUGGUAACAAACUUGAAAACAUCUGCCAAAAACAGAGCUUGCAAAACUGUCAGUUGUCGUCCUGAUUUUUUAAGAUUUUCUAAGCCUUCUGAUGUUUACAUUCUUGUAACAAAGUUUCUCACACACUUUAUGUAAAUAACUUACUGUUUUGCAUUCUUUUAUGGAGGAGGAGAGAUUUGAUGGGCUGUUGGUUUGUCCAGUGUUGUUGGAGAGGUGGCACUGUCACCCUCCAAUCCACUGUCACUUUUAGAAAUCUAUAAAUGUUGAAGUCAGAAAUUAAAUAGUUCCUUUUUACCUUGAAAAGAGUGGUGUGUUUGCAUCGUGUUAUUUUGAGUCCUCUAGUGACAGUUGGUGGAGAAAGCUCUUUGCUGCCUACAAUUUCAAUUGCACCCAUCCUUCUCAGCUCUAGGCACCACUGUAAGCCUUCAGUCUCAGAGUCAGGAUCCAAAUGUAAUGGCACUAGGGACUGCUCACACACUAAAGCUACAAGGGACAAAAAUUUGUCCUGCAGAGGCUUGGCCUCUGCAGUCCCACUGACAGGUCAACUCUAACAAAGAGAACUGCCUAUUGGGAAAAGCCUUUAAAUUCACUGAGACCACCCAAAGCACCCAGCCAAACGUGCUUUCUUUGCCACAGAGAGGAACUAGAAGCCCAUCUCAAAAAAAAAGGCCUCCCUUCCUCCAAAAUCCAAAACAGCCAGGGACUGAUCCUAUACAAAGGUGUUUGAACACUGGUAUUGGGCAUUACCUGUACGGGGCACUAGAUCUGCUGCACACCAAGACCCAGCGCAGUUGCUUACCUUGUCCAAAAGAAGUGUGCUGGCAGAAUUUCAAGAAGGCUGCCUCAAGGAAGUGGAAAACACAUGCCAAAUGGAUUCUUUCAGGAGGGAGACCGCCUUCCAAAGAUGGAUACCGACUCCAUAAUUGUACAAAUUGAGUCAGUGCUUCCAAACCAAACAUGCCAGGAUAGAAAGUUGCUGCCGCCCUUAAGCUGCACGACACAGCUUCUUAUCUGCACCUCCAACACUGGGGUUAAGUUCUUUCUUUCCCAUGAGAAAGCUGUUCUUGUUCAGGAUCUUACCAAGCAAAAGUUGCAUACCACCUCUGGUACUGACUCUGUCCAACAAUGGCUCCUACACAGAAGGGGCCAGGACAGAAAUGUCGUGUUGGACUAUACCUCUCCAUGGUAGCUUCUCAGCUACCCUACCAACACUGCCACAAUAUCUUCCCAAGGAAAGGCACUCCAAGUCACUUGGCUUUGCCUUGCCUCCAGUACCAUGCUUAGUUUUCCUAGCCUACCCUUGCUUUGCUUGCUUGCCUAUGUCUGCCUUGCCUAGCCCUACUAAUAACUUCCUGGCCUUGCCUACCGCACUUUGCCUUGCUAUCCAUGCAGGUAAGGCAAUGCAAAGCAAGGGUAGGCAAUUGUAGGCAAGUCAAGGGAGAGGUUGGCAAGGCUGGAGCCGCGAGGGGAAAGCAAACAGAGUGGUAGGUGAGAGAAGUCCCAGAAGUUAGAGGCAAGGCUGGGCAUAGGAAGUAAUAGCAACAGGAAGGGCUAGGCAAGGCAAAGACCUGGAGGAAAACUGUAGGCAGGUCAAAUGUGGGGCAUGGGCAUGCAAGGGAAUGCAAAGCAAUGGAGGAUCAGCAGGGCAAGGGAAGGAAAGAGUUGGGUUGCCAAAGCAAGGCAAGUGGCAGGUACAUUCAAAGAUUGCUGGUACACAAAAGCGGCCAGGACAGACUGCUCUGUCCAGCCUUGAUCUUGCAUAGGCCAUCUCUAAUCUGCACCUAAGACACUUGCAUUACCUGUGUUCCUUUGUAUGCAAAAGAACUGUCCUUCUGGUCCUGAAGCCCAAGGGUGAAACAUGAAUUUUGUGUCCAAAAUUCAAGACAUCUAAGGAUAGGUGUCAAAACAAAGCUGCCAGGACAGAUGGGUAUGCUUGCACAUGACCUCCUCCAGGCUUCCUCUCACAUGCUCCUGAAACACUGGGGCCUUGAGAAAAAAAAGCCAGUGAAAGCCUGGAGAAUCCUAGGAGAAGCAGGCAGGGCAAUGCAAGUUGAAGAAAUUCCACAAAAUGAGAGGUGUUGAAUUCAGGGUGGGGGACGGGUGAGCAAGGUAAUGCAAGGCAAGGAAGGGGUUCAAGGGCAAGGCAAGACAAGUGGUGGCUUUGCAAGGCAACACAAAGGAGAGGGAGGCAAGGCAAUAAGAGUCCAAGAAGGAGAAGAAAAUGAAAGAUUGGAGCUG